AUAAUAAGAGAAAGUUUGAAUUUAUAUCCUUGCUUAAUAGUUACUUUUUUCGAUGAAAUAGAAAAAUCAAAGUGUUAACAUUAACAACAAUCCUUUUAAAAACAAUCUCAAAAAAUGAAAAUAUGUUAAAAAUGGCCAAUGUCUAUUGAUGGAACGUAAAAAAAUUGAUCGAUUCGUGCUAAGUCGAGUAAAUGCGUGAGUGAACGAAAGAGAAACAGAGAGGGAGAAAGAGAUAGAGAGAAAGAGAGAAUCAAUGAUUACGUAAGACGAAAGUAAUUCCCUGGAGAAGAGCAAAGAAGGACGUUAAAAAUGUGGUGGCGAAGAAGGAAGAGGAGGAGAAGUUGGAGGAGAAGGGCAUAUGUGCAGAACUGAGGCAAUGUCAUCGAACUUACAUAAUAUGUUUAUAUGUACGUGUGUCGUCUUUCUUGAAUUUCUACCUACCUUACUACUACCUAUGGUCAGAUGCAAUGCGCAUCUGGGUCAUAUAGUUUUGCUUUCGCCAAAAAGAUGCUGAAGAUAUUUUUUUUUUUUUCUCUCUAUUUCCCGAAACUCGUAGUAUAUCCAAAGAAAUGACGUUUCCUUAAAAAUGUCCUAAUCUCCUUUUUUGUCAAUCUACACUAAUGAGCUGUAAUGAUUUUUUCAGGCAUAUGAAAGAGAUGUUUUUAACGAAGCAAGGAAAGUUUUUCUAAGAGGAUGACUUAAGGCGCGGCGGCACUCGGACAUUCUUUUCGCGAGGGAUGGUACGAGCGAUGGCCAGGUGAGAGGUAGAAAGCGAGGAAGAAAGGUAAGAGGUACGAAGAAGACUCGGCAAGGAACGAUCAUCGAGAAGUGGCAGUGCAUCGGGUGCUUCGCAGUGGACGGACGAUGUCGGUCCUACGAGACUUUUGAGACACAUAAUAACGUCACGCAAAAAUGCCAAUCAUCCAGCUUCUUCUAUAUCUCGUGACCGUAGUCUUGUGCAACGUUCACGGUAGUCUUGAGCAUGAAGUCCCACGGAGAAGCUUCCUGUCGCGCAGAGCGAUUGAUGGUACUAGAGGAAGAAAAUAUUUUGAUCCCGAGGAAGAGGGUACCUUCGAUAGCUAUGGAUCAGCCGGUGGCCAAUAUGAUCGAUAUAAAGAUAAACAAGAUCACAGUGACAUCAGGAUGAAUAUCCCCGGUGAACCGGAGAUCGAUUAUCCAGCUUACACUACAUUACCGCAGACAGGUUUUUCGUGUGAAGGGCGUUCACGCGGAUAUUAUGCGGACGAAGUAGCUGGAUGCCAAGUAUUUCAUGUUUGUCACGACAUCUUGGUUUCCUCGUUCUUGUGCCCGAUUGGAUCCAUCUUCAGUCAAAAGCUUCUCACUUGCGAUUGGUGGAGUAAAGUUGAUUGUUCGACGACUCGCAAAUUUAUUGAAAUAAAUCACGAUAAUCACUAUCAAGAAGACGACGACGAAUUGAUACGCAAAGCUUACGGUAUGAUGGGUCUGCAAACUGGAACGGAUGUUGCCAGUGACGAAUUAGUAGAUCCUGAUAGAGGAGGAAAGAUCAUCGAUUAUAUUACGAUCGAUUCUACUAGGAAUGAUUUACCAGUUUAUCGCAAUGAUCUUCCACGGGAGAAAACUCUCCCCAAUCAGUUUUUUUCUACUUACGAAGAACAUUCAGAAAGAGUAAAUCCAAUCUAUCCUAAUUCUUUCUAUAGUAAACAUUAUUUCAAUCGACCGUAUCAAGAUUCGCCUAUAAUUCGUAUCGAAAAAAUUGAAGAAGAAAAUUAUCGAGAGAAAGAGCCAAGGAAAUAUGAUUACCAGGAUAUUCAGGACAAAUUAGGAAAAAGGAUAAAUGAGUUUCAGCCGUCAUAUGCGCCAACCGUACCGACUGUAACUACUACCACAAGGAAAUUGUAUUCGCCAACAAUACCGACGACUAAUAGACCUUCAACUUUAGUUUAUAACAGGUUCGAUCAAGACAUCGAAAGUUCCGAUCAUCUUUACACGCACAGCCAAGAAUCUAAAAGCUUCUUCACGCUAUCCACCCUUUCUAGUUUUAAUCAAAAUUCAAAAGGAAAGUACAACGACAGUAAUCCGCAAAGCUACAAAAACUAUAAUGAAGAUCUGGAUCACGAUCAUUUGAAAGACGAACCUUCGGAUAGUUACGAAGUUGUUAAACGUAUCGAUUCAGUCGAUGAACGACUUGAAGAUUCAUUCAUCGGAGAAGAAUAUAUUGAUGAUAUUGAAUUAAAAGAAAGUAUUGGCAUCGGUCGAGCUUUUAAUAAAUCAAGCAAAUUCAGGAUUCACGUGCAAGAUUCAAAAGACAAUGCGAAAGAUACGAAUGAAGAUAGUUCCUUGUCCCUAGACUCAAAUCGGAAUAAUUUAACCGAAUCGAUUAGAAGUAAUAUAAAACCGAUCGAUCAGUGGCCAACUGAUACGACCGAUACUCUAAAUUAUGCAAGUAUUUUAGACAAAAGUACAACUCCUAUUGUCGAAUAUUUAUCGCGUUUCAAAUUUGAAGGCAUUAAUACAGAAAUAGAAGAAUCAUCGACUACUUUGUCGUACAAGGAAAAUCUAACGUCAACGGAAACAACGAUAUCAUUAGAUACGAAAUUAUAUUCUACGGAAAAUCCAGAUCUUUUUAACAAUGACGAUUUCAAGAGUGAAACAAUUAUCGAUUCGACUAUUUUACAACCUGACAUUAUUUUAAAACCACCAGUUAUUACCGAAGCGAAAUUUCGAAUAAAUGUUCCAGAUUAUCCUUCAACUAAAACACCCAUUUUUCAUACGUCGCACCAUACAAAUAUCUACUCCGAGGUGCAAAGUACUACACAAAUCCCAAUAGAUGAACACUUAAUUAAUGAAUCAACGAACCUAUCGGUACCUUGGUUCCAGCAAACUACUGAUUUUCCGGCAACAGACAUAGAACCUCCGUUCAUUGGCUUCAAUUUGAAGGAUACCGUCGACGAGAUUGUCACCCAAACUUCCAGAUUUGAUACGUCUAUUCAAAGCAAAAAAGAAGACGAAAACGCUCGAAGAAACUCGAGGCAACAGGAAGAAGGAAAAUUCGUUAGCGAAUUGAUAGGAAUUUCCAAUGGAGACGAUCGAGCAAAAAUUGCGACAAGUUUCAAAUCUAUAUCAAAUAUAGAAGAUGCGAUCGAACUAAACAAGUCCCCGUAUGAAAUAUCCGUGACCCUGAAUCAAAAAAAUGAAUCAGUACCAACCAAAGAUGACUUAAUUAGUAGCUUAAUCAAAGUACAUGAGAGAAACAAUUCUCGUCUUGAUAGAUUAGGUCAAGUCGAAAUUGUCGAAUCUAUCGAGAGCGUUACUGAGAGUCGAAAUAGCGAUUUUCCAUAUAACGAUAAUAAUAAAAUACCUUUUUUCAAAGAUACAAUAAAUUUUUCGAACAAUCAAAAGAAAGUAGAAGGCAAUAUUGGUUCUGAUAGAUUAGAUCAAAUCGAAAUUGUCAAAUCUAUCGAGGGGGUUACUGAGAGUCGAAAUGGCGAUUUUCCAUAUAACGAUAAUAAUAAAAUACCUUUUGUUAAAGAUACAAUGAAUUUAUCGAGCAAUCAAAAGGAAUUAGAAGGCAAUGCUGGUACGAGUAACGUAAACGCUUUAAGUCUUCUACAACUAAUGGCAGAAUUACUCAAAAUCGAUCAUAUUCCUCGACCUUUCUCCUUAAAUCAUUUUCAAGGAUUAAAAUCAAAUGUAGAUUCUAACCAGGAUCAAAGUGUAUUACCUAUCACGACGAUUAAAUCCAUUGACGAUAGGUUAUCAAGAGAGAACAUUUUCGAGAGUGUCAAUCCUAAUAGUGAUAAAAAAAAUGUCAUGCCACGAUUAAGAGAUAUUUUGGAAGGAAUUCCACAAAGUAUUUCGAAAGAUCGAGUCCUGGACGAAUUGACCAACAAUUUUGAUAGGCCGUUAAACAAUGUAGAAAAUCGUCUAACAAUUAGUCAGCUACCUCAAAUACAAAGAUCUUUAGAUUUUGAGGAGUCUAAGGAAUAUGAUAACUCUUCAACGACGUCAUUUCGAAAAACGACCACUACCACAGAAUCCGUUAAAACCGUUGUGGAAACGGAGUUCCUACCUUCGAUAGGAUUUUCUUUCGAUACGAGCGAAGGUCGAAAUAAAUACAUCGAUGCUAUUCUUAGUGGUUUAUUAGACGAAUCGAUUCACGAAAGUAACACAAAUAAAUCACUGAACGUGGAGACGACGAUUGAUAAAUCAUCUCACAAUGAUUCUCGAUCUUCAUCGGCUCAAAUUUAAUAACUUAUACAUUAUUUUUUCAAUUCUCCUACUCUCUUUCAAAUGUGAUCACAUUCACGCACGCACACGCACACACACACACACACACACAGAGAGACAGACAGACAGAUAUAUGUAUAUGUAUAUAUAUGUGGGAUGAAAGUGAGUAUGCAUGUGUAUAUGAAUUGCUUAACUUGAAUGUGCGUUUCGAAAAGGAAAAAAAGAAUAUAUUAGCGAGUAAGCUUCGAGCUUAUCAAAGGGCGAUGAAAGAAUGUUGUUAAAAAGUUCCAGAGAGUAUAUCGAGGUGUGUACUACAUGUGUGUGUGCGUGUUACUGCGAGAAUUUUACUAUACUUAUUAAUUACCCCUCAAUAAAUUUAAUCCUACAUCUAUCUCUCUAUAUAUAUAUUUUUAAUAUAUG